AUGGCUGAUGAGGUGCAGCCUGACGCAGACUCCCUAGCGCGGAAAUGGUGGAGUGAUGCGGACGACCUUAGCUUACUCACCCAGGUCAAUAAUGACCUUCCCUUCAAGCACGCAAAGAGCACUGCCAAAGCCUGGGACAACGUUGCGGCCAAGCUGCUGCAGGCUCCAUCGUUUGCGAUAAAUGGACUGGACGGGAAGAAGGCAUCAAGUCGCUUUUUCCACUUGCUCCGUGUGCACCGAAAGUUUCAAGAGACUUCCAAGUACAUGUCGGGAGUGGCACAAGGUGAAAACGGCAAGAUUGUACUUUUGGACGAGCUGCUUCAGUUGUAUAAGGAGCACACCGAACAGCGCAAAGCCGAACGGACCACAGCAACGGUAGAGGCAAGCAAAAAGGAAGCAAAAGCAUCACACAUCCGCGAACAAGCGAUGCAUCGUGGCCGCCGCCGGUCGGUCGAACCAGACGAUUCACUGACAGUGAUGCGGUAA